AUGGAAGGUGGGUUUUAUAUUAUUUUGCUUUGUUUUCAUUUAAAUGAAAUAUUUCAAUAAUUUACGAUCAUUUUUGAGCAAUUUCCUCAAUUUUCAUUGGGCUCGCUAUUUCCAUUGAAAAGUUUUAUCGACCACUAUUAUGAAGUAUCGUUUAUCUUUAACGGAUAUUGUUGAUAAAUAUAAUUAUAUAUAAGAACAACUUCAAAAAAAUAGUACUAUAGUGUCUCGAAACAAAAAAAACGAAUAAUUAUUCGUUAUUUAUAAAUAAGAAUCUUACUGUAAGUUCACCUUUUGCAAACUCACGCUUUACGCAUAAUUAUACGCGCAACAACUUUUUUUUUUUCAUCAAGCCUGUUUGAAGCAGCCGCGACUAUACCGGCCGGCCGUAUAGUCUGUACAGAUUUUGAAUGUCAAGCAGCUAAUUCCGCCUCCAAAGUUACAAUAUCUUUCACGUAAAUUUUUCAUCUCCACAUGACGAUGAAUUUUCUAAUAUGACCGCAUUUUUUGACUUCUUUGUUUUCCUUUCAGAAAAAAAAAAAAAUCAUCCCGCGCGAUAAAACAUCGGCGCGAAAAGAAACUGUUUCAGAAACGGCGGAGUUAGCUAGUUGAAUUCUGAACAGAGUAUACUCCUCUCGAGAGAGAUCAAAGCCUUUUUGAUUGAAUCAAGUCGGUAGUUUUCUAGAGAGCAGUGUCUUUUUAUCAAUCUUAUCAGUCAUCGAUUUUCUCAUCGAAAAAUUUUUUUCGAACAACUUCAUAAAAUUAUUUAAAUAAAUGCAAAACUUGAAUUAUUAGCCAUCAAAUAUAUCUGAUCUCACUUUGUUUGAAAUUUUAUUGAAAGAUAGUAACUUUUUUCCUUCAGAUGCAACACUCGGUCAAAACUUGCGAUGUUUCGUUUGUGAAGCUCAGGCGACGGGGUUCCAUUUUGGCGCCCAAAGUUGCUCCGCCUGUGCAGCUUUCUUCAGGUUUUUUUUCGAAAUUAUUUUUGGCUAAAUCUUUUUUUGAAGAAGAACAGUUUCCAUGAAAAAACAGUUUGUUUGCAUAACCGGCCGCGACGAUUGCCUUGUCCACUACAGUGAGUGCAUUUAAAUAUUUUUAUUAGGUCAUUUCUCUUACUUUGUGCUUCUUUUUGCUUUGUUUUUCGUUAGACAAUCUUAUUUGUGGUAUUAGAAAAUAUGAUAAUGGAAUGGAACAUAUAGUUUUCUCGAAUAUUUAGUCUUAUACUUUUUUGAAAAAACAAUGAGAAACUUUAAACAUAUAACGAAUAUUUACCAAAAAGGCAAAAAAAAAAGUGAUAUUUACUGAAGAAGGGAAUAAGUUAUGGAUAUAUCAAAAUAUGAUCACAAACAGCUUCAAGGAAGAGUUUUAGACUUCAAAAAAGAGUUCAUCCUAAUUAGGCUCGCCUUUUUUUGGAAAAUGUCUUAUCAAGAAGGAAGUUUUUUGUUUUCAGCCAUGCAUCAAAUUUGUCGGAGCUGUCGAGUCACCAAAUGUACGGAAAAUGGGAUGAAACCUUCAAGUUGGUCUCUUUUUUUUGAAAGUUGCAAAAAGGCGGAAUUUAUCAGGUGUUCAACCGAAAAGACAAACGCCUGAGGCUGGACGGAGUUUCUUCACGAAAUCCGGCCUCAAAAGGAACAAAAUGUUCUCGGCGGUCGAAGCGCUCAACGACAAAGAGGAGCAGCUUGUCCAAGGGGUCAGACUUUUUCAUUAUGUUCAUUCGUCUCGACUUGAAAAGCUUCGAUGGCUUUUGAAAGUUUUUUGUGCAUUUUUAAUUUGGACCUGAUAUUGUGCCAUUUUUUGGACUUGUCCCGGGCGGAAAUCGUUUUAGGUCGGGCGCAUUCAACAGAGAUACGAAUGAGACGGGUCGCCCUGGGGGGACCCGACACGCGAAGUUAUAACAAUGUCAAAAAAGCCUUUUUCUCUUGAUUUUCAUACCCAAUUUAUACAUUUUUCCCAUUUUUAAAUUUGUGAGUCAGGGCUCCCGUCGAUAGUAUUGGCAUCCGAAAAUAGCAGAAUAUUUUUUUCAGUUGAAAAGAGGCCGAGAAAGCCGAGAAACCGCGAGUGAAUUGGAGGCCCCUUCGACCGCAGAAUCCAGUCCCAGACUUUCCUCUUCACAGGUUAUUAAAACGCCUUUUUUUUCCGUCUUGAUAGCUGAGAACCCCUUAAAAUUAAAAAAAAAACUCCUAAAAAAUUGAAAAAUUAUACUUUUUAGGAAGUUUUUUCCAAAAAUCGGGAAGGAUAGUCUGAAUUUUUUCGUUUUAAUCCCAUUUUUCGCAACUCUUUUAUUGUUCUCGAAAUUGACUUUUGUAGGAAGCAAAAGUAAAACCUUUAAUAUCAAAAAAAAAAACCAGAAAACUUUGAAACUCGGUGACAAGGAAAAUAUUUUAUAGUAGUACCAAAAUUUUUAGAAAUCUCAAAAUUUUCGGAGUCUUCGAAAAUUCAGCUAUUAAGGUCAUUUAUUUGCAAUGAACACACCAAAAACUCUAUUUUCAGCCGAGCCCACGGCUGCCGCCGAACUGCUCGCAGACGUCGUCGCCCCGUUGUUCAACGCCGAAAUAUCUGGGCCCAGAAGGACCCGACGUCCUCGAAUGUCUCGUUCGCGAAGAGAUGAAGCUCUACGAGAGACGUCGGAUCAUGUUUUGUGAACGUCCUGUCGAGAAGCUCCUUGGACUCACGCCGAAUUGUGUUUGUCUUGCUUCAUUUUGCUUGUUAUGUUAGAGGCAUUUGGAAUGGCUGAAGAUUGAAACUCGAUGCAGUCAAAGAAAACGGGAAAACUAGAGAGGGAAGAAAUAAGAAAAAAACAACGAUGAUCGAAAGCCGAUUCAUAAUUUCAUACAUACAUGGAAUGAGUGAGCCUGGCGUCAACCAAGUCCAAAUGCGGUCUCGAAGGUGUUUUGAAGACGCUUUUCCAGCCGUACACCAAAGAAGACCUCCGGCCUCUCUCCUUCAGAGCCUUCCGAAAAAGCAUCCGAACACAUAUUCUCUUGAUCUAUGAAUGGCUCCAAGCCUGGCCGGGCUACCAAGAGCUUGACAAUAAUGAUAAGGUUAUCAAAAUUUGAAAAGAAAAUUAAUAGAGAAAGUUGUUCAAGGUGUCUUUUUUGAGAAAGUGCGUCCUUUUCCACACGAUUCUCGAUCCGGUGUACAUUUCUAUUCAGAUUGGGUGAGUUUAGUUGAUUGGUUAUAAACUGAUUUGAUCUUUAAAAGCACAAGCUUUAAAUCAAUCUCUAAAUCAAUUCGAAAUGCAGAUUAUUGAAGAAAAUUAAGAACAAGAGCUUCAUGCGUUUAAAUAAAUAAAUACAAAGUUCAUCCCAUAUUUUUUUGAUUAGAAAGUUGAGUUGUUCAGCAGUAUUCAGAUCGUGUUUUUUGAAAAGGAAGUUUUUAACGCCGCCAUCUUUAGACCAGAAAAUGAGCUCAAAAAACUUAUCAAACUUCCUCAAAUAAAAUAAUCCUUUUGGGUUAUCGACGCCUACGAUAAACGCCUACGGGGCCUUUUUUUCGAAUUGAAAUCUCGCGUUUCUCAAACAAAGAUAGAAAAAUAGUAUUUGAUGUCAUGAUAAUUUCGGAUUUCGUAGAAAUCGCUUUGAACACGGCAUGAGUAUGAAAAAAAUAAGUUUAGGUAUAAACGUGGAAAACGGUUUGAAGUAAAUCCUACAGAACUUAAUACUUUUGAUCCAACGAAAUAUGAAUGCUAUAUAAUCGAAAACCAGAAGAAUAACUUCAAGCAAUUAUUUUCAUCACCACAAGUUUCGAACACGCCAUUUCCCACAUUUUCCCUAAAUUUAUUCCGUUAAUUUUAGCACUUGUGUGUGAGAAAUAAAAAAACUUGAUUGAAAGAAAACCGGAAAAGAAAUUUUCAAAAUUUUUGACUAAAGUUUGUUAUUUUUUUCUCUAUCUGGUUAAUUUACCACGUCCAUAUCAAAGCUUUUUUCCAAAUGAAAAUCAAAGUAGUGCGUCAGAGCAUAUUUACUCCCAUUGAGCAAAAAAGGUCUAACCAUUUUCCAGAUACCCAGAAAGGUUUGUGAUGCAGAAUGGAGGCUACGUGUCUUGCAUUGACGGCUGUGACGAAGGAUGGGAGGACGAAAAGGAAAUCAGCGGGAAAAAUAAACGGCUGUGAGUGGGAAUCAAGAAGUGUAGAAAUAAGUAUUCUGGAUGUUUGAAAAUGAUGAAAUUCAGAGUAUUUUUUACAAGUUUUUCACAUAAUAAGCAUGACUUGGCCGGUCUGUUCUCUCUUGUCACUUACUGCGGCUGUCUUUUGUAAUGGUCUAUGAUCCUUCCAAUGCACUUAUACAAAAAAAAAAUUAGAACAUGAAAAAUGAGAUAAGACUUGAAUGGCUCUGGACUAAGUAAGGUUAGAAACGAGCUAUAUUCAAACUUAAAUAGCUUUUGCCAAACGUUGAGAAGAUCAAAGAUCAUGAUGAUGAGCAGAGGCCUCAAAAGAAUCUUUUGAAAUUUAGGAACUUAUUCCAGAAUCUACCAGCCGCUACUUAAACGAAUUAUGGAGGAGAUAAUCCCGCCGAUGAUUGCGCUGAACCUUUCCUUUGAGGAAUUCGUGGCCCUCAAAGCUUUUGUCAGUUGGCAAGGCGGUGAGUUUAAAUGUUAACAGGGAAAAUUCAAGAAAACGACGGAAAUUCACAAUCAAAAUCGAAGAAAAAGGAAGAUAAAAAAGGUGGUUGAAAUGCCCUAGGAGGUAAAAAAAAAAAAUCGCGCGUCGUUUCUAUGAAAUAAUUUUUAAGUCAUAUCGAGCUUCUCUGAUUCUUUAUGUACGCGUUUUUGACGCGAUAAGAAUGAUAUCUGAUAAAGAAAAGAACAUUUUUCGACCGGAGGUCAAGUUUAUACCGAAAAAGACCCUAGGUGAAACAGUUCGAAAAAAUAAGAUUUUUCUUCGUUUUGAGAAUUCCUUUCUCAACUCGGGCGUUUUCUUUUCAUCAAAAGCCAUCUGGGCUGAUUUAAUUCAGAUAUUCGGAAUCAGCGUGAAAAACGCAGUUUAGUAAACUUUUUUUGUGAGCCCAUUCUCCGUGCGACCAUGUUCAAAUUGUGGAAAAUAAAAUUUUUGAAAAAAAUGUUCCAUUUUCCCGUUUCAGCCCUCCCUGACACUUCCGUGGAGAAACGUGACGUCAUGAAAAGACAACUCGACGCCGUCACGAACUCCCUUCAUUCUCAUUACAAAAAGGUUCCGAAAAGUUUUUGUUGCAGAUAUAAUUUCUCGCUCCAAUUUUCCUAGAAAAAGGUGAAAAAUUUUUUAAAAAUGGUAGAGAUAGUUUUUUUGUGUAAUCAGAAGUUUUCUAGCGUUUUUUAGAAAAUCAUACUCCAUUUAUCAAAAUUUUGUCAUCACGAGAAUAUUCUUAGUCGUUUUGAAACCACUUUUUUUUCAAAUUUUAUCGAUUCUUUAUUUCUUGGCUAAGCUAGUGGUGAAUAAACUAAUUAUCUUUCUAUAAGAAAUAGGGCUUGCAAGUUUUGAGAACAUUUUUUUAUAGAUUCUGAACAAUCAUCGCCAUUUCUAAUAGUCUGGCUUCUCUUUUCCCUCAACAUAGUCGAAAGAUAAAAAAAAGCAAGAGAGGGCAAAGAAACGACAGAAUUCUUCAGAAUGAUAUUUUCAGAACGGAGUACCGGCUGCAGAACGACUCGGCUCAAUAAUCCUUCUUCUGAGCAAUAUUUUUGUCAGUUUCAACUCAUAUUAAUAUUCAAAAUGACGAUUUUGAGUCAACCGGCCUGGAUUUCGUCGUGAGUCACCGACAAAUCGAAUUUUUCGACCUCUGGAACUUGGACUCGCUUCUGCUCCAACUUCUCAAUUUGGACAUGAUUCUCGAAGGAUCGACCAGCAAAAAGAAAAGCAAUGCGCGAUAA